AUGGGAGAAGGCGGCAGCGCCAGCGGCGGCGCCACCCCGGCUGGCAGACCGAAGCCGCUGGCCGCUUCUCUGAUCGCCUUCCUGCAGUCGGAGCGUGCAGCGUGGGCGGCGCAGAACGCGGUGGGGAUGCUGUUUGCAGCCCUGUUUGCGGUCGUGCUGCGCCUGCAGUUCACCCUGGCCUGCCUGUGCGGCGUGCUCGCCUCCUCCCUCGUCCUCUCCCUGGAUAGAUCGGUGGGAGGGCGGCUGUUUGGCGGCAUCAUCUUUGUAGGGACGGUCCUGACCGGCGCCGGCGUGGGCGGCGGGCUGGUGGUGCUGGCCUGGCUGGCGCACGGCAGCGGGCAGGCACUUGUGGAGUACCUUCCAGAGGAGAUGCAGGCCAUACCACCAACGGCCACCAUCCAGCGGCUGGAGGAUGCGUUCGACCAGUUCACAGCCAUCCCGCUGCCGCCACUGCUGAAAGAACUGGUCGACGCGGCUGUGGAGAAGCUGUCGGAGCUGCUGGGCGAGGUGCUGCCGCCCAUCUCGGCGGCCUACUGGGCGCUGCUGAUGGUGGUCACCGCGCUUUCUUUCCUUCCCACCGCCGCCGCCCGCGCCAACCGCGAUUUCGGCAAGGGCAUCAUCAUCGCGAUCUUCAUGGUCUUCCUUUCUUCCAUGCUCGUCUUUGCCACCCUGCUGCCCCUGCUGGGCACCAAGGUCUUCUGGGACACGGUCGUGAUCGGAUACUUCAAAGUUGCCUUUGUGGCGGCGGCGGCCAACGUGGUGGCCGGGGUGCUGGUGUGCGUGCGCUCUGCGCACGACGACGUGCGGCGGGAGUGCGCGGCCAUCCUGCGGGGGCUGGGGGCCCGCAUCUCCAGGCUGGGCACCGCGGCCGCGGGCGCCGCCGCCGGGCCCGCGCCAGCCGCCGCCGAUGGCUGGGCGGCGGGCCGUGACGUGGGACGCGAGGAGGGCGCAGUUGACCGCUACCUGGCUGGCAUCAGGGUUUAUGUGGACACGCGGGCGUCCGAGUGCUGCGCGACAGCGGGGCUGGAAGAGGCCUCGCGCCAGGCGGCCGGCAGUGGCGCGGCGGCGGCGGAGGUCGGGCUGCCGCCGCCGCCUGCGGGCGCCAGCGAGGCGGGGCUGGCGCCGGUGUGGGCUGCGCUGGAGACGAGCCUGAAGACGUCGCGGCUGGAGCCGCCGCUGCCGCAGCUGUGCUCCCAGCCCGGCGCCGAUCCCGCCAAGUAUGGGGCACUGGAGGGGCAGCUGGCGCGGCUGCAGCGCGCCGUGCUGGUGCUGGGCCGCGGCCAGGCGGGCUGCCUGGCGGCGCUGCGCGCGUCCGAGGGCGCUGCGGGUGCCACCGCCGCGCGGCUGAGGGGCGCGCUGGCCCGCGUCUCCGGCCUGGCGGCGGCCGCCUGUGCCGGCGCGGCAGAGGCCCUGGCACACAUGCCGGCCCUGGCCAAGUGCAGCGGCGCGGCGGUGCGGUGGCGGCCGCUGCCGCGGGCGGCGUGGGAGGAGGCACGGGGCGUUCUGGCGGCGGAGGGCGCACGCCUUGCGGAGAGCUACGUCGAGGGCUACCAGCAGGGGGGCCUGGACUUUGCCCUGUCUCUGGGCAUUGCAGAGCACCGCGCCCUGCUCUACUGCCUGGCGGCGGCGGCAGAGCUGCUGGCCGCCGCCGCUGCGGCCGAGGCCGCCGCCGCCGCAGCCCUGGAUGUGCCGGCAGAGCCUCCAGCGGCUGCCCCGCCGGCAGCGGGCAAGGAGGCUGACGGUGUGGUGGAGAAGGGCGGGGACGUGGAGGCGCCUGCUGCAGCAGCCGCUGGCAGUGGCGCGGCGAGCGGCGCGCCGCCUCCCGGCCUGCUGCGCCGGCUGGCCGCCAACCCGUACCUGGCAAAUGCCGCCAUCCUGCUGGUGCUGGCCAGCCCGCUGCCGGUCGCGAAGAUCACCCUGGAUGCUUGCCUGAGGAUGGCCAGGGCGGUGCCCGCGCUGCUGACCAGCCGCCAGGCGCGGCGGCAAGUGCUGCGGGAUCCCAUGGUGCAGUAUGCUUUCAAGUACUGGCUGGGCAUGACCAGUACCGUGGUGAUCAUCGCCGCCAUCAUGUGGAAGGUGGAGGCCAGCCUGUUCCGUGGCGUGCUGCGCACCACGAUGACGGUACUGGGCGGUACGCUGGGAUACCUCAUCAUGCUCAACGGCGACCUGGCCAACAACCCGUACUGGGUCUGCGCCUGGGUGGCCGCCUUCAGCUGGCUGGCGGGGCUGCUGGCGCCCGACAAGAGCCUCAGGUAUGCCCUCUUCCUGGCCGUCUUCACCUUCAACGCCGUCGUCCUGUGCCAGUACGUUGGCUGCUGCAGCGUGGCAGGGGACCCAAAGGUCUACGCCGGAAAGGUCGUCAGCACCGUGAUUGGCAGCACGGUGGCGCUGCUGCUGGGCUGGCUGGUGCUGCCUUACUACGGCAGCGCUCGCAUGCUGGCCGACCAGGCCGGCGUGAUGCAGGCGGCGCUGGGCCUGCUGCGCAGGAUGCAUGUGGAGGUGGCGGCGGCGGCCGCGGAGGGCCGCGCCGUGGCCACAGGCGGCUGGCUGGAGACGAUUGAGAGCGACAUGCAGGCCCCCCUGAAUGCUGUCGCCGCCGAUCUGGAGCUCAACACCCUGGACCAUCGCCAGAUGCCGCUGACCUGGCACCUUCUGCCCGACCCGCCGGUGCUGCGGCUGGAGCAGCUGGCGCUGCGCGCGCUGCGCGACAGGCUGGCAUCCGCCGCGCUGGCGCUGCGCCAGGAUCUGUUCACCCCCGGGGGGCACCGCCUGGCGGGCUGCGAGGGCGAGGUGGUGCCCGGGCCGGUGUUCCGGCAUGUGCUGCCGCAGCUGCAGCCACAUGUGGAGCACACAAUGGCCUCCCUGGACACUCUGGUCGAAGCGUGCACAGGCAAGCUGCAGCGUGCUGCCAACAUGACGGCGGGCGCCGCCGGCAGCCGGCUCAAGCCGCAGCGCACGGCGGUGGUGGAGGCGGUGGGCGCCACCCAGGAGGCGCGCUUGCAGCUGCACCGUGCGUACCUGGAGGCCCAGCCCGGCGCGCUGGCGGCCGCCGGCGGCCACUCCCAGGGCGACUUUGCCUGCCAGGCCUGGCUGCACGCCGCGCUGCGAAGCACAGACAAGAUGAUGGUGGCAGCCAGCCUGCUGCUGCAAGACGCCUCCCAGGACAGAGACGUGCUGGGCGGGUGGGUGCGGGCGUGGCGAGGCCGCCGCGCGCUGCCGUCGAGCUGA